AGAAACUCUUCGUCUCUUCAAGCCCGCGAUUGGAGAAAAGCGAAACCCUAGAAAUGGAUCAUCAGAAGGAACUUCAACUCCUCAUCCAAACCCCCGAUCUCAACCCCCGCUUCCAAACCCUAACCCUAAAUCCAUCACAAUUCCUCACUCUCUCCCAUCUCAAAUCCCUCCUCCUUCCCCGAUCCCAAAUCAUAACCCUAGACUCGUACUUCACCUCCAAUGGAAGGCCUCUACCCGAUUCAACCCCAAUCUCCACCGCCCUCCUUCCUUCCCUCACCCUCCGCCUCCGCCUCCGCGGCGGCGGCGGCGAUGGCGGUGCCACCGGAGCCGAGUCCCGCGACUGCUACCUCAAUAUGUACGCGGUGAAAAAGCCUGACAAGGUCGAUCCUAACGAGACUCGUCUCUCUCGCUGGACCACCUGCGCUCUUUCGUCGGAGCCACUCGCUCCCCCAGUUGUCAUCGAUCGCCUUGGCUCGCUGUUCAACAAGGAGCCCCUUGUCGAGGCCUUGAUUCACAAGAAGCUCCCCAAGGCCUUCAGCCACAUCCGCGGGCUCAAAGAUAUGAUUCCUGUUCAUCUCUCUCCUGUCCCUGGGCGGAGUGAUUCAGAGGCGAAGUUCCAGUGCCCGAUCACCGGGCUUGAAUUCAAUGGAAAAUAUGGGUUUCUUGCGAUCCGGGGUUGUGGGCAUGUUUUAAGUGUUAAGGCAUUCAAAGAGGUCAAGACUUCAGCUUGUUUGGUUUGCCAUAAGGAGUUUGCGGACUCAGAGAAGAUUGUGAUCAAUGGGACUGCUGAGGAGGUGGCGGCUUUGAGGGAGAGGAUGGAGGAGGAGAGGGGAAAAGUGGGGAAGGUGAAAGAGAGGAAGGAGAAGAAGGCAUUGGGGGCUUUUGUUGAUGGUGCGAAGAGAGGAUGUGGGGAUGAGAUUGAAGACGGGAGGAAGGAUCGAGAUCACAAGAAGUUCAAGGCCGGGAUUGCUGUGCCAGCUAAUGCUACCAAGGAAGUUUAUGAAUCUAUUUUUUUUAUUUCAUCAAAGAAGAAGUCGAAUUUCAAGGAGACAUAUUCUUGCAGAUCGCUUCCCUUGGAAGGAACUGAGGUUGUUGCAGGAGUUGUUUCUCGUGAUGGUUUUAUGAAAAUGUCACACAGAGCCUUUAAUCACUCUUUUGCUACCAUUGGCAAUCAUUGUACUGGCAUAUAUAAAAUGAAUUAUCUGGAGGAAACAAGUGGGGGAUUGAUCAUCCAUUGAUACACAUCAGUUCAUAUAAGUUGGUGGUGAGCUGGUACUUGCAAGUAAGUUUGUUAACAUUCUUGUUCCUCCAUCACUUGCUGUCUGUAGUUCUGAUGAGUAUCCUGUUUACUUCUCAUCAAGAUUUCUGUAUCUGACUGGGAAGAAAACAAAAUGGGAUCAAAUGUGUUGAUUAUAUGCAUGUGUUAGGUCAAUUCAUGUGCCUGUUGCAAUUAAUGGAACUUCUGAUUGUACACUCAAACGAUCAUUUAGUACCUAUUAAUACUCACUAUAAUGGUUUGAAGUCUAAAUCUUUGUGUAUGUACAGCCAGGCUUCUGGCAAUAACUUUCUUCCCAGCCAAUCUUUUGUGGUGUUGUCUGA